AUGUUGACUGCCACCCUAGGGCUGCUCAUGCUGGUGGCCGUGGCCGAGUUUCUCAUUGGCCUGGUUGGAAACGGAGUCCUCGUGGUCUGGAGUCUUCGAGAAUGGGUCCGAAAAUCCAAGGCGCUCUCCUACCACCUCAUUGUCCUGGGCCUGGCUGGCUGCCGAUUUCUCCUGCAGUGCCUGAUCAUGGUGGACUUAAUCCUGUGUCCGUUCUUCCAGAGCAACCUUGGGCUCCGCUCUCUCAGUGUCUUCUGGGCUGUGGUCAGCCAGGCCAGCCUGUGGUUUGCCACUUUCCUCAGUGUCUUCUAUUGCAAGAAGAUCACGACCUUCGAACACCGCGUCUACCUGUGGCUGAAGCGGAGAGCUUAUUGCCUGAGUGGCUGGUGCCUUGUAGGGGGCCUCCUGACCAACGGGUUACUUGCAGCGCGCCUUAGCUCAGAGUUCUACAGUCCUUCCCAAAGAAAUAACAGCAUUCUGGACCAGAUUUCGAACUGGCACUACCAGCGUGUGCUGCGUCUCAAUUUGGGAAGUGCGUUGCCUUUCGCGGUGUUUCUUCUUUCCUCUGGGAUGCUGAUUGUCUCUCUGUACAGACACCACAGGAAGAUGAAGGUCCACACGGCUGGCAGGAGUGAUGCACGGGCCAAGGCUCACAUCGCUGUCCUGAAGUCCUUGGUCUGCUUCCUUAUACUUUACGUGGUUUACUUCGCGGCCAGCCCCUACUCCAUCACCGCCAAAGUCCCUCCUGCUGAUCUCGUCACCAUCUUUGUCUCGGAGACACUCAUGGCUGCCUCUCCUUCUCUUCAUUCCGUCAUAUUGAUCAUGGGGAACCCCAGGGCGAAGGAGGCUUGUCGGAGGGCCCUGCGGAAGGCAGCGCGUGCUUGGCGGUCCUGA